GCAAGAAAUGCCCUGGCAAACCGAGUUGAGGAAAUGUAGACAAGAGUUGAAGAUGCAGCGAGAGACGAUAUCCGACCUGCGGAAGCAGAACAGGGCCCUUUCCCUUGAGCUGAGUGAAAUGCACAUGAAGUUCGAUACCUUGACCGCCAAUUCAAGAUACGCCGAUAUGCAUACUCACUACUUGCAGCUGGAGAAAGAUGCAGGUUUCGACUUGCACUGCCUGUACUCCCCCGAUCAUUCUGAUCGUCUUGAAAUCUCAGCGCACAAGGAUCUUGAGAUUUGCUCUGAUGAAAUUCAUCGUCUUCGUGAGAGACUCUGCAACGAGAUCUCUGCGAACUGCAGUCUACGACAACAGCUCAGCGAGUCGAUGGACUCAGAGAGGAGCGCUGGUUGGACUCCUGACGCUCGAGCUUCUUCCUCGACCUCACUGCCUGCUCCUGCAGCUGAGAAUGCGAGGGAGAGCUCCGAAAGCUACUUGGAGCAUGUGAAACGUCAGAACGGCUGGCUCAAAGAUGCGCUGAAGCGAGCGAUGGAUCGCGCACAGCUGACUGUGGUAGAGGGAGCAGACCUGGACGACAGCAUGAGCAGUGAGAUGUCAAGGCGGGCAGGGCGUACUUGCUCUUCCUCCUUUGAUCGUUCCUACACCUCGCCCAAGUCCUCGCGUUCAGGAAGGCCGAAGAGGAGUACAGAUGAAACGAGGAGAUUUACUUACUCUCCUUUAAUGAUGAAAAUUUACAAGUGAGCAGCAUGUAGACGUGAAUCGCAUGCUGGUUGUUAUAGAGUUGAAAAAUUGCGCAUGUG